UAUUAAGCAGAAUACAGGUAACAGCUGGAAGAUGAGUGCUGCUCAGGGUCAAACACGACUGGAGGCCCAACUGGAGGCCCUGCAGUGCCACUUCACCUGGGAUCUGGACCCAAGCAGGUCCAAACUUUUCUGUCUCAGGGACAAGCUAGAGGACAUCGGCACAGAGGAGGGAUACAGCUGGCUGGGUCACAUUUACAACCUGCAGGGGUUCAUCCACUACCAGCUGGGCUUCACCGAUGAUGCGUACCGUUUCUUCAGCAGGGCUGCAGAGGCCUUUCGCCAGAUUAGAAACACUGUCUCAGACGAGGGUCCUUGGUUGGUGGUGAACCACGGGAACCUGGCUUGGCUGCACUACCAUGAGGGAGAACUAGCAGAGAGUGAGGCUUACAUGUCAAAAGUUGAGUCCCUGUUGAAUGAAUAUCCAUCUCCAUCACAGGAGGAGCUCCAUCCAGAGAUCUGUGCUGAAAAAGCCUGGACCCUGAUGAAGUUCAGCACAGACAAAAUGCGGGUGGCUGCAGAUUACUUCCAGAGAGCUAUCAGGAUGCAGCCAGACAUGGUAGAGUGGCACACCAGCCACGUCAUAGGGUUGGAGAAUGCUCUCAGGCACAGAGAGAAAAAUAUGGGGGCUGAUAUCUUCGAUAAAUUGAAAAUUGCCAAGGAACAUGAUCCAGAGAACUUGUACCUCACUGCGCUGUACUUUGAGGCAUGUGCUAAGAGAGGGAAAAAAAUUGAAAGUGAAGCACGGGAGUUGGCUAGAAGAGUUUUAAGAAAGCCCAUCAGCAGCUACAGUGGUUUAAAACCAUUACUAAGGCUUUACAGAAUCAAUGUAUCUAUGGAUGAGGCCAUUGACUUGGCAGAAGAAGUUCUGGAAAGACAUCCGCAUGAGCGUUACCUCAAGAGGUGUGCUGCAAUCUGCUACAAAAAGAAGAUCUUUCUGCACAGGGACAAUCCAUUGGAGAACGUUUUGAUUGAUCGAGCAAUAAGUCUCCAUAAAGAAGUCAUCACUCUUUACCCUCUUUCUUCCCUUACAAGGAAAAUGUCUCUUGCAAACAUAUAUGCCAAGUCCAAUGACCAAGGGAAAGCUGAUGAGAUAUACGAGGAACUGCUGGGAUGUGACCUGGAUGCGGAAGGUGCACAAAUGCUUUACAACAACUACGCACAAUAUGUACACCACACUCGAAAAGAGAGCUACAAGUCGAUAGAAUAUCACAUCAGGGCAGCAGCAAUACCGCAACAAUCUUGCUAUCAGAGGAACAGCCUCAGAACUCUGGAGAAGAUCAGAGGGAGAGGCAGAAAUCGGAUGUGCAGAGAAAUAGAUGAGUUUCUGACAAACAUACAACACUGAGAACCUCUAAAUUGGACUCAUGUUCAUGGUGGAAGCAGUCAAUGCAAGAUAACCCAGGCCUGGACAAGUCUUCCAUCUUAUCUUGGGAUCCCCCCAACACUUUUCCACUGCAGAUAAGGAGUUGAAGGAGAACCAAAAAGAAAGGAGAGUAAUUUUGCAUAAGAAGAGCUAGAAGUGGAAGUUAGAAAAUGUUAAUGUUUCGAUGACAUAAUACUUCAUGUCUAUACAGCUACAUAUCAUUUUCUAGAUUAGUUUCUCUCAACAAACUUGUUUCUCUCAACAGGCAGAUAUUUCAAGCAACAACCUCUCUACACAGACUUCAUACUUCCAAAGAGCAGACGAACACUGCAUUUAAAGUUAUGUUUUGGCAAAGGCUGUUCCUCAUUUGAACUUUUUCAUAACUUUAGUUUAGGGGCUUUAGUAGACAGCCAUCCCUGUCAGCAGUAACAGAGGUUAUUGGUCUACUUGUGGAUUGGACAGAUAAACAUUUCCACCGCUUUUGUGGAGUCAAUGUAUUUGAAAAAAGUGGAAUUGACUGAGCAGUUUUGCUGUCAAGGACCGCUGGUUGUUUGAACAUGUUGAUUUCCAUACUGCAGUCAAAUGAGCCAUAACCCAUGGUUUGCUGGACUGAAAGCAGCCAGGCUGCUUCUUGGUACAGAAAUAACAUUUCUCCUAGCUGGAGCUGGGAAAUGAAUGGAUAAAAUACUUUUGUUAAUCAGCCAUCUCAAAGUAUAACGUAUUAACACUGGAAAUGUAUAUAAGUUCUGGAGAUAUAUAAAAGUUGAUAUGCGCAGUAGCCCUUUACUUGAACUUUAACAUGAAUUACCUCAUAUCGCAAGGUGGUCUUUUUAUUUAUAAUUUGUAUUUCUGAGAUGGGCGAACACAAACCUUUGGUUGCCUGACCUUUCUUAGUUAUUUGUAUUGAAAAUAUAAGACUUAUGCAUUUCUGGUAUGUAUGCAAUAUCAAAGAUCACAACAUCAAAAAAUGUCUUUAUCAGGAAUUAUAAAAAAUAAAUUCAGAAAAAUGUGUUUAUAGUUUAUAUUAUAAAUAUUGAAUUUUAGUCUUAUCACAUAUAAUAUAUAAAAAUCAAAUGUAGCUGUAUGGUUACAUUGGUAGAUCCGUAUAGCUCAGUGGGGAAUUAUUUGUGCUACUAGAUGUGUUAAAACUACCUGAUAGAUAAGCUAACUUCAGAAUAUGUAACUUUUCCAGAGAUUCCAAAACUACACCACUGUUGUUAUAUUAAAAAUGAAUGAAAUGAUUAUUUAGGAUGUUAAAGGGAUUGCUAGCAGUAAUAAACCAACUGAGUGUUAUCAGCAGCACAGCAGCUCAAUAAAGCUUUUUAGUCAUGUUUA